AUGUCAGUCUUGAACAAAUUCCAUACACUUGUUGCCCGCAACUCAACCGCCAAAAAUGAACGCGGCACAGUUGAUGACCCAAGCGCUCUGCAGGUGAGAGCAGACGACAAGGAAGCUGGACCUACUAUCGCAAAUGAGGUGGCCAGUGACGAGGCCAAGCCAACUGAGAAUGCCCAAGAGGGUGUCAAGAAGAUCGAAGCUGUGACUCUAGCCUGGGGGAAGGGAUCAGUGUUCACGAUCCUGAUACUUAUCUGGCUUCUCACCCUGGUCAAUAAUCUCAAGACCUCCGUGGUCUACAGCUUAACCCCCUAUGCCACGAGCUCUUUUGCUGGUCAUUCGCUAUUGACCGUUAUCAACAUUGUGUCAUCGGCCAUGACAGCUGCAGUAUAUAUCCCGAUGGCCAAGGCGUUGGAUCUCUGGGGCCGUGCUGAGGGCUUCCUCCUGAUGGUUUGCUUCUGCAUUCUGGGCCUGAUCCUUUUGGCUACAUCGCAGAAUCUUCCCACUUAUUGUGCUGGAGAGGUUUUCUACUCUGUUGGCUUUGGAGGGCUGGCAUACAGCUGGAAUGUUCUCGCAGCCGAUGUCACAAAUCUGAGGAAUCGAGGCUUGGCCUUUGCGUUUACAUCAUCUCCGGCUUUGAUCUCAGCAUUUGCGGGAUCCAAGGCCGCUGCAGAAUUCCUGGCCAAUGUGAACUGGCGAUGGGGUUACGGAGUUUGGGCGAUCAUUCUGCCGGUCUUCGCAUUGCCAAUCUACUUGAUGCUGGCUUACAACCUACGCAGAGCGGAGAGACAGGGGAUUCUCGUCCGGGAAAAGAACAAGCGGGAGUUCAAUCUACAAACAAUCUCGAAGACAAUCUCGUGGGUCAUUAUUGAGUUCGAUUUACUGGGCGUCGUUCUCUUUGCCGGCGGGUUUGUUGUAUUCCUUCUCCCAUUCACUCUGGCCAGUACGGCGCCACAUGGAUGGCAGACUGGUUAUAUUAUUGCGAUGCUUGUCGUUGGCCUUGUUCUCAUCAUCACUUUCGGUUUCUAUGAGGCUUACCUAGCCCCGGUCCCCUUCCUCAAUGGCAAAUUCCUCACUGACCGAACCGUCUUGGGCGCUUGUCUCUUGGACAUGACCUACCAAAUCUCGUACUACUGCUACGCCUCCUAUCUCACGUCUUUCUUGCAAGUGGUCUACCAAGUUGACGUGGCUACAGCUGGAUACAUCGGCAACACCUUCAGCGCAGUCGCGUUUGUGUUCUUGUUCCUUGCUGGCUGGCUCAUUCGCGUAACGGGCCGCUUCAAGUGGAUCCUCUGGGUCAGCGUUCCGCUCUACCUCUUCGGUCUGGGUUUGAUGAUCCACUUCCGCCAACCAGGAGGAUACAUUGGCUAUAUCGUGAUGUGCGAGGUUCUUUUCUCUGCCCCUGGCAGUAUCUUCAUUCUCUGCGUGCAACUGGCAGUCCUUGCUUCCGUGGACCACCAACAUGUCGCCGCGGUGCUUUCUCUUCUGUUUGUGUCGGGUAGUAUUGGUGGUGGUGUGGGCAGUGCUAUCUGUGGAGCCAUCUGGACGAAUACGUUCUCGAAGGAACUUGCGAAAAAUCUGCCCGAAUCGGCCCUGCCUGAUAUAGCCCUCAUUUACCAAUCUCUCGGAAAGCAGCUCAGCUAUCCAGUGGGAAGUCCCGUACGAGACGCCAUUGUGAAAUCAUAUGGCUACGCCCAGCCACGGAUGCUGGCUGCUGCUGUUGCUUUCAUGGCUUUGGGCUUUGUUUGGGUUGGCAUGAUGAGGAAUCUGAAUGUCAAGAAGAUGACUCAAACUAAGGGUAAUGUUUUCUAG